CAGCUGUCUUGCUGGAACCUGCAUUUCAGGGGACUUUUAUUGACAUACCAUCGUCUCUAGUUCACCAGAGUAGUACAGAGUUCAUAACAUCAUCUUCGAAGAGCACAGAGAACAUGUCGACACAGACUCUCUUUGACCAUCACAUUCGCUAAGAUUUGACGAUUCUCCCCGACUCGUCGCAGCCAUGGACGGCCUCUUUACCCUGCUCAGUUUGAGCGUCGUCAUGGCCGUGGCUUCUUUUCUUGCGGGCAUCCUACCUCUCUCCUUGUCGCUGUCGGCAUCACGAUUGCGAUUGAUUUCAACCAUUGGUAUGGGUGUCCUCGUUGGGACUUCCAUGGUCGUCAUUAUCCCAGAAGGCGUGGAAACAUUAUACAGCGCCUCGGAAGUCGGCCACGUACAUUCACGCGCCGCGCGCCAUGUCCUGUCGGCGCCGAAGGAGCAUGCGCAAUGGCUCGAAACUCGCACAGCCGAGACCUGGCAUGUCGUACCUGCUCGCAGCGCUGCGCAAGACAUCAGUCCUUUCGAUGUGCCUGGUCCGGUCAUACCAGCAGAUUUGGAGGCACCGCCGCGCACCCCUACAGAAGCUGGAGUUGUUGGGAUCAUGGACGUAGAGGACGGGUCCAAGAAAGAGUCAGACAAGGUGGAUGGUACACACGAAGAUGGCCCUGAAUCUAACCAUGCAUGGAUUGGAGUAGCCCUCUUGGCCGGCUUCAUGCUCAUGUACCUGGUCGACAAAGUACCUCAAUACUCUCAGCCAGCGAAGGCGAAAGCGAAGACACAUCACAUCGCGCUGAACAACCUGGGUCGCAGAUUCAACUUGACCACGUCACUGGACCGAGAAGAGGAAGCAGAUACAUUCCUGGACUCCUCGGAGGGCUCCCAGAUUCGGAAUCGGAGCUUUGCGACCACCAUCGGCUUGGUCAUACACGCCGCUGCCGAUGGCAUAGCCCUUGGAGCUUCUUCUACGGCUACCAAUUCUGGAUUGAGUUUCGUCAUAUUCUUCGCAAUCAUGAUUCACAAAGCACCUGCUGCGUUUGGCCUGACUUCCGUCUUAAUCAAGCAAGGCCUCACCAAAAGAGCAGCACGAGGACAUCUUGUGCUCUUCAGUCUAGCUGCUCCUGUCGGUGCCAUCCUCACAUGGAUACUUGCGAAAGUUUUGGGUGGUGGUCGCACUCACAGUGCGCAGACAACUACAUGGUGGACGGGAAUGCUCUUACUGUUUUCUGCCGGCACGUUUCUUUACGUGGCCAUGCACUCGAUGCAGGAGACGUCGAACUCGCAUGAGCAGCCAAUGAACGGACAACCCAAUGGGUAUAUCGACGGACGUGAAAACACGCAGAUUGAACCGAAAGCAUCUUGGAAGGAUUUGGCAGCGGCAUGUUUUGGAAUGAUUUUACCGCUGUUUCUUCAGGUUGGACAUGCACAUUGAUCGUCACCUAUUUCUACCUGUUCUGGAGUUACAAUGCUUCCCAAAGCUAUGGCAUAUAGCUCGAGAUACAUAGGAGCGGCUUGGAGCACCUUUGCCAAAAUGCAAAAAGAGAUAUACUGGUAAUAUGAUUCGCAGAUGCCAGUGUGCGGAGAGAUGCACGAACACCUAAUGGUGAUGCCUGAAUUUC